UUCACACUCCACAACAAGCACAUACAUCAUUCUCAUUCUGUUAUCCUUCUCUUUUAAUUUCUUCAUCUCGUAGUUUAGCGUUUAGGUUUUUUCGUUUUACUGUUCCAAUUUUUAUGUUCUUGUUCGGGUUGUAGUUAAAUGGCGUCCCUGAAGGAAAUUCUAACGCGUCGGCCAGUGGCGGCGACAGUCCGUCUCACCAUCCCAGCCGGCGGAGCAAGACCUGGACCACCGGUAGGUCCGGCUGUAGGUCAGUACAAAGUUAACCUAAUGGCGUUCUGCAAGGACUUCAACGCUCGCACACAGAAAUACAAAUCGGAAGCUCCAAUCGCUGCUACUGUGACUGUUUUCAAAGACAAUACUUUUGAAUUGAGCGUUCGUUCUCCUUCAGUCACCUGGUUUCUAAAAAAAGCCGCUGGAAUUGACUCCGGGAGUGGACGUGCAGGUCAUGUUGUUGCAUCAACCCUAACCCUAAAACACAUCUAUGAAAUCGCAAAGGUGAAGCAAGCAGAUCCGUAUUGUCAGUACAUGUCCUUGGAGGCGAUUUCAAAAUCAAUUAUAGGUACAGCUAAAUCUAUGGGGAUUAAGGUUGAAAAGGAGUUGGAUUGAUGAUGAAUCUUGAAAUCUUGAUUAAUGAAUGUUAGAUUUUUGUAGACUGGUGUACUUGAGAUGAUAUCUGGAUUUGAGUAUUUGAAAAUUGCUUUGAAAAACUGCAUAAAA